AUGGAAGUUUUCCAACAGUUGAAAAAUAAAGCAUCUCAAGCUUUACCGGAGAUUACACAUGUUAGAGAACGAAUUAGCACCAGUCUUCAAGAAUCCUUUGACUCAAUCCCAAUUCGGUGGCCAAAUUCUGGCCACAGAGAUGAAGCAUUUAGAAGAAGAGCAGCUUCAUAUGACGAAUACUAUUUGAGGAUAUCAAAUACAAAAGCAGCCCUCAGAAGAAAGGAGGGAUUGAUUUCCCCUUUAAUUAAUAAAUUCGACAGACUAGAGCAAACUAUGACGCCAAAAAAGAUGAGUGAAAAAGAAAAAGCAAAAGAACCAAAUACCAGUCUCCGAAUAUCAAAAAGUGUCGGUUCUACAUCUAAUUUUGAUUUUAAUGAAAGAGUGCCUAGUUGUCGAGAUAUGAAGUCAGUUUCUUCUUACGACUCUGGUUUUAGAGAAACAUCUAUGUUUGAGUUUUUCAUCCCGCAAUAUAAAGACUCUAUAGCUGAUGUGGAACUGGACACUGAUCAAGUACAACUAACGAUCAACCACGAACAUAGAAAGAAUGCACUCCAUGUAUCUAUUCAUCGCGCAACGUUAACUUUCCCCAAUAAUGGACGAAUAUACGCUAAAUUAUGCCUCCUUCCAAACAAACUUCAAAAAAAGAAGGGAAAGGCUAUCGAUUUAGCUAAAGCUAAGAGAUGGGAAGAGGACUUUCGGUUCACUGAUUUAUCAAUUGGCCAACUAGAAACAUGUUCCAUCAAAAUCAAAAUUUAUCAAGAAAAUGGCUUUUUUAAACGACCGUUUUUAAAGUAUGGUGCAGUGAUUGCUUUGAAGGAUGUAGACAUUACCGACUUCAGAACUACUGUUCUAUCUUUAACAACAAUAACCAACCAAAUCACCCAUCAUUCAGCUCUUCGUCGUAAGAAUGCGGGCGGGUGUGCCUAA